AUAUAAAAAAGGACAAGAUACACGUAUAUAUAUGAAAUGGGAGUUCUAGUAUGAUCAGCCAAAUUUGAUCAGUUCUACUGCGAAGAUUCAGACCAUGGCAAACCUCGUUGAAUUGUCACCGGCCUACAUGCUUGAAGACACGUUUUAUCAUCGACAAUAGUAACCCCUUGUGUCACAAUAAUCAUUUAUAAUGAACUUUAAAAAGUACUACAAGAUCGUUUGGUUAAUCAGAACAUCAAUCAAGAACCUACACAAACACUGUUGAAUCAUCCUGUCAGCUUGAUUGCUUAAGAUGGCUUUGGUUGACAUUGACUCCACUUGAAAGUCUCACCGCCAGCAGAUAAUCGGCUUAGCCAACGGAAGGACGAUUAGUCUAUUGAAGAUCAAUCAGAUCGUCAUCUAUGACCAGUUUCUAAUAAAAUUUCUAGCAUGAAGUUCAUCAACCGUUUGACUAAUACUUUAUAGGGUUUCCAACUUGAAUCCUACACUAAGACCUGAAGAGUCAUUUCUAAAACUCAGCCAAAUCCACAUUAAAGAACUUUGAUAGGAUUUCAAUUAAGGGUGCCAUAACUAAAGGAUGUUUUUACGGAGGUAUCCUCGUCAAGCCUGUGUGAACUAAUUGUUAAGUCUGGAAACCAUGUCGGUGGUUAUGAGAUUACCAGAAAGCGGCUUCCCAAGAAUGAUUACUCAAUGAGGAGGAUGUGGCUUUAAAGACCUAUUUAUCGACCGAGUCGCUUUAGAACCAGGAUCUUACGACAACUAAGCGACUUACUCUCUGGAAGGAAGCUCUUUCUUCGGUCAAAACCUCAGUUUAACACGAUUAAAGAGCUUUGGCAAGGUAAUGGAAUAGUCCGUUCACAGCGUGAUGGUGUACUUCUACCAUAUUUGAUGAAGGUCUUGAAAGCCGAGGUUAUGGCAAAGACACCUUCAAAUUCUGAGUUCUCAAUAGACAGCAUCUUAAAGGGAACAAAAAGCGAGAGACUACCRUCUUCUCAUGAAGCACUGAUGUUGGCUGAGAAAAUGGCAGACAUCAUACUGAAGGUAGCAGAUGGUCGCAAGAUUCGACGCACGCGUACGACGUUCAACCAGUUUCAACUAGAAACACUUGAACGUGCGUUCUGUCGUACACACUACCCGGAUGUACUACUACGAGAACAGUUGGCACUUUAUACGAACCUGCCAGAAUCAAGAAUACAGGUUUGGUUCAAAAAUCGAAGAGCGAAAUAUCGCAAAGCUAAAGAAGCACUUAGUCACUCAUCGAUCGGAGACAAAAACGAGGACGAAAACGCGAUUGACAAGACCAUACAAACACCACUUCCAGACAGCACAGUAUCAUCCCAGCCUCCACCUAAGGAGACAGAGUAUAUUUUCCUGGAUAAAACCAAGGAUUUCCUACGAGCUGCUCAUGACCAGCCAAUACGUCCCACGCCYAUUCAUACGAGUGCACCGAUAUAUGGGUACCCAUACACGACCAUGGAUCCCUGGGGGUUCUCGAUGGACUGGCCUUAUCAUGGCAAUAGAAUCCUAGCGUAUCACCAACAGACAUCGUCUUACUGAAAAUGCACUUUCGUCGCGCUUCGUAAAGAACUUUCAUUCUUCCAUACUUCCAAAUGUUCUGAGGUUUUUUAAACCUGAUAUAGGGUACCCGAAAUGUGGUGACACAGGGUGUAAUUGAAGAGGAUGCUUAAGAUCGAUGAAAUGGUCUAUUGCGGUAUUGCACUGAUUUGAUCAGGAAUAUGUAGGUGUUUUCAUUUAGCCUUGUUUAUUCCUGUAUGUUUUAAUAGAUGAAAACUGAUUAGCCAUUCCAAAGUUGAGAAAAAGACUGGGUCGAGUUGGCAUUAAAGUGCAUAGACCAAAUUCAAAACUCGCACCGAUGUGAGGCUUAAGUUGUGAACAAAGGAAUCUGGCGUGACUCAAAGUAAUUUGGGGUGAUUCAAAAGUCACGAAUCACGCCAGAUUCCUUUGUUCACAACUUAAACCUCACAUCGGUGCGAGUUUUGAAUUUGGUCUAUUGUAGGGCUGUUUUUACAAGAUGGCAUYUAUUUCGUCCCCUAAAACAGUCCCACAAUGCACUGCAAAUCCAACUCGACCCAGUCUUUUACUCAAACUCGGAGAGACUAAUAAUAUGAAUGCUUUUAGGGAAAAGGUAGUUUACAAUGCAAAGAUUGAGUGAUUCUUGAGUAUAAGUUGUUCUUGGCAUAAGAUAAUUAUACUAAGGUUUCCAAAUUAUGGAUGAUUUCAGGAAUUUGUACUAUGAGGAAGCGGUUAUGAUUUAGGUAAUAGGAAGUAGGGUAGGAUAAAUAGUUUCUGAUGGACCAGCAAUUUUUAGCAAGAAACACUUAGGUUGGUAGGUUAGUUUGAGUUCUCRCAUCAAAAAUAUAAUAGAUUUCAAGGGGGGUCUACUAAAAUGGCAUCCUUUCAAAACUUAUACUACCUCCACUCAUAAAUUAUAGAUGCUUACUAAGGGAUUAUGAUGAUAUAAAGGUCACAGUAGUAACUUCUGCAGGAGACAUUCAAAUAUAAUAACUAGAGCAUAUAUAGUUCUGAACAAAUCCUAGACAUGAAGAGAUAAAGUAAGUCUCUGUGUAGUGUUGAGAGCCAUUGCCUUAUUUUUGUAGUUUAUAAUAUAGCAAAAAAUGUGUAUUCUUGUUUGUAGAUUUGGUAUUUGUAAGCUUGUAACAUUUGGUACUUUAGUAAGGAAAAGAAAAAGAAAAUUUAAAUAUAUUGAAAAGUAUUUUAUGUCACCUAAUAAAAUUUAUUUG